CGAUUCGCCGGCUUCACCUCCCCCCCUAGUUGCGCUUCCUCCCUCAACCUCUAGUCUCUAUUCCUCCGUGAUAAGAAUCUCCACGCUCCUCCUUCUUGGUUCCACGCAUCCACCACACCGUCCAGACUACAGACCACCCAGCCUCCAUCGGCGCCGUCUCCUUCGAAGCCACAUCUGCCAGUUUCAGCUGUCUCGGUCGCUGCAAGGAAAUACCCCCUACACCAUCUUCUUCUCAAUUGAAAAAUUUGAGAGAGAGAGAGAUUUGGCGGGAAAAUGGAAGGCAGCGAAAGCGAGGCCAUCUUUGAAUCUCUGAAUUUGAAUCCGCAGCUCUUCGUCAACGAAGUUCGCAACACCGUCGACGAUGUUCUUGAUGAAGCUUUCGAUUUCUUCCACCAAGAGGCAUCAACCAAGUUGAACUCUGAAGGCUCCAUACAAAGGUCUGAAGAUCUGAAAAAGGGAGUUGAUUGCGUUCGGCAGAGGACCCAAUCUGUUUUGGACAUAAGCUUAGCUAUUUGGGAAAAAUACUGCUUACUUCACUGUUUUGCUGUUCCCCAAGGCUUUUGCAUGCCAAACUCGGACAAGUCAAAUGAGAAUGGCCUCCAUCCAGAUGCUCCUUUUGAUCCGGAUAUUGAUGCCCAGUUAAAUUCCUUAAGAACAAGACUAACAGAGGUGGGGAAGGAGUUUGAAGUGUUGAAUCAUGAAAUUCAAAUAUUAGAAAAACAGUCUACUGUCAAUGCUCACUAUGUCAAUAAUGCAGUACAAUUAUAUGAGCAGAACCAUGUGUUGUUUCAGGAGAUUGUGACAACUGCAGCUGAACUUGGGAUAAAAAUAAGAAAGCUAAGCACCACAACAAUUGAAGAGUCUGAACAAAUGAAAACAAAAGUGGUUUACAGCCCCGAGCUGGAUCUAUCUUCUAUUAAAUCUGGCAAAGAUCUCUCAAAUAUGAAUUUAGAUGACCUUCAAAAAUUUGCAAGUAUUAUGAAGAGUACAUGAAAUUCUGUGUUUGUCAUCGGUCUAGUUGGAACACCUUUGUGUUGAUCCGUACUCUUUCCUUAUGUUACCUGUGUGUAUUAGCUAUAGUAGAUUAGUGCACUUAGCUUAGUUAGCAUUUCUGAUUAAUAGUUAGUUACUGGUUAGUGUAUUCAGUUAGACUUAGAUAUUUAUAAUGUAAGUAGCUAUAUAUAGCAGGGUUGGCUAUCUGAUUCUGUAGCUUGCCAUUUUACCCCAACUACUUUCUCUGUUUAUUGCAAUCUCCUGAGCACUCUCUCUACUCUCUCCUCCCUCAUUCUUCUCUGUUCAUCGCUUACACUCACACUUCCGUUUUUCACAACUUGUACUAGUUAGUUGGAUACU